CGGGCGGUCGGAUCGUCGGAGUCCGAAAGGCCCAAAACUGAACCGAUCGUUUCAAUUCUGUGUCUGCGGUUGAAUUGAACGGUUCCGGCCAACGUGCGCGCCUCGUAACGCUUCCCAUAUCAUUCUACGGCGUAAUCAUAACUGCUUAAUAAUUAAUAAAUAUUAAUAAUUAAUAAAUAUUAAAGUGCUUAGGAAUACAUAUAUGUAAAGAGCACACAAAUCCAAGAAUCGUCUAAGAAUAUACAGUGAUGUGUGUGUAGUGAACCAACAAGAGUCCUGCCAGCUUACAAGGAUUAUCGUUUUCGACUUUAAAUGGGAUUAUACCUGAACACUUGAAUUUCCCCAGCGGAGGCGUAGAUGUUAUCGGCCAACUGGGGGCUCCAUACGUCUUCAUUCCGCCACUUGGACGGGCUCAAAGUGAUUUGCCAAUAUGAAUGGAUAUCUACGCUGUCGUUCAUCAUUCAUUGGCAAGCAUUUGAGUUUCGUAGCAUGGACCUACAUUGGCAGCUGCUGACGUUCAUCGUGUGCCUCCAGUUGUGGCGUUCCGCCGGAUUCAUCCUUCAGCCGGAAGUGCGCAAGUGCAGCUACGGCCACAUCGAUAAGCUGCUGCGCAUUCGAUGCUACGACUUGGACCUCAAGGAGGUGCCCCAGAACCUGAAGACCUCGGUGGAGGUUCUGGAUCUAUCGCACAAUCGCAUCAGGAAACUGAAAACUAGCUCGUUUCAGAGGUACACGGACAUUAAGUUUCUGAUGCUCUAUGAUAACAUGAUCUUAUCGGUGGAGGUGGGAACCUUCGAGUCACUCACCUCGCUCCAGGAAAUUGAUCUUUCGAAUAAUGGACUGACUACAAUUCCACUGGAGCUGUUUCAGCUGCCUCGCCUGAGAAACCUCUACAUGGACAGCAACGAGCUGACAUCUCUUAAUCUGCAGGCACUGGAGAAGCCCAUCCGAGCUCCACUGGAGUACCUGAACGUGGCAGGUUGCGAGCUGCAGGAGUUACCCGACUUGGGAAUACUUCCAAAGCUCUGGCAACUAAACGCCUCGAUGAAUCCGCUGCAUAACUUCAGCAUCGACAGCCUGGCGAAUAUGUGCCAUCUGCAGGUCAUCGAUCUGACCAAGUCGGAGCUGAGCAAGUGUGGCUGCCAGCAGGUCACCAACCAUCUCAUGAUGCUCGGCGCCAGUCCGAAGUUCGUACCAGUUUGCUUGGAGGCGCUCGACAUUCGCAAAUGUCCACUGCCCUACAAUCGGACGAUCCAUUCGCCAACAUUCGCCAGUUGCCAGACGACACUGCAGUUUGCCGAAACGCGCAGCUUUUGGCUUUUUGGAGCUGGCUGUUUCGGCGGAGUUUGUUUGGUCCUUUUAAUUGUCAUCUUCUGCGUGAUACACUGUAGGAGAAAACGAGCCCAGCGACGAAUGAGGAAUGCCCAGAAGCGAAAGCCGUUUGUGAUCUCGCCCAGAAACGCCAUCAACAACCGUCAGCCGGAGGACGAGCCUCUGCACUGUGAUACUUCCCGAAAAUAGCACUUUAGUUAGUUAAUUAGUUGCUUAGUUAGACUUAGGGGCCAGUUAUUUAUUACCUACCAUUUACGCCUUAGUUUAGGCUUAGGACAACCGUCUACCUAGCAAACUGCCUUGAAUCCUUUACCAAAAAUCACACAAAAUCACCAAAAACUAAAAACAGCGCCAUCAAAGAAAAUUGCCUUGCUCAAAAGCCAUCGCUUAUUUAUUUGGUUUUAUACGUAACAUAGAUUUAGUAUCUCUGCAAAGGGUUCGAUUUUUUAUAACGAAUGACAAUAAAAAAUUGAUUUAAACAAGAAAAAA